AUGGACGCCACGGACGUGCCCCUUCAGGCUGAGAUGGUGGAGCUGGUGCCCAACGGGAAGCACACGGCUGCGCUCACUGCCUCCGCUGUCCCUUCACUGGCAGGUGACAGGUUUGAGGAGAACCAGUCUGGCGCGGCAGAGAUGGAAGAGUUCCUGCCCCACGGUGCCGAGAAGAAGCAGACGCACUUCACUGAUUUCGAAGGGAAGACGUCUUUCGGGAUGUCCGUCUUCAACCUGAGCAACGCCAUCAUGGGCAGCGGCAUCCUGGGGCUGGCCUACGCCAUGGCCAACACUGGCAUCAUCCUCUUUCUCUUCCUCCUGACGGCGGUGGCCCUGCUCUCCAGCUACUCCAUCCAUCUGCUGCUCAAGUCCUCCGGCAUCGUGGGUGAGUGCCGGGUCCCCGAGAUGGGGGGGAUGAGGGCAGGGGACCGAACCGGAGCACAGAGGCACAGCACGACCUUGCUAUGCCCCGCAGCCAUGUCCAGCUACCUGUACAUCGUCAAAUCCGAAGUGCCUCUCGUCAUCCAGACCUUCCUCAACCUGGAGGAGAAGACCACGGACUGGUAUAUGAACGGGAACUACCUGGUGAUCCUGGUUUCCGUCACCAUUAUCCUGCCCCUGGCCCUCAUGAAGCAGCUGGGCUGCCUCGGCUACGCCAGCGGCUUCUCCCUCAGCUGUAUGGUCUUCUUCCUCAUCUCGGUCAUCUAUAAGAAGUUCCAGAUCCCCUGCCCGCUCCCGGAGCAGGAGGGGAACCUCACGGGUAGCCUCAAUGCCACCUCUGUCAGCACCAGUGACUACCAGAAUGGCUACACCGUCCUCCAGGCGCCUGACCAGGGCACCUGCACACCCAGCUUCUUCACCCUGAACUCCCAGACGGCGUACACCAUCCCCAUCAUGGCCUUCGCCUUCGUCUGCCACCCCGAGGUCCUGCCCAUCUACACCGAGCUGAAGGACCCCUCCAAGAAGAAGAUGCAGUGCAUCUCCAACAUCUCCAUCAUGGUCAUGUACCUCAUGUACUUUUUGGCCGCUCUCUUCGGCUACCUCACGUUCUACGGGCGGGUAGAGUCGGAGCUGCUGCACACCUACAACAAGGUGGACCCCUUCGACGUGCUCAUCCUGUGCGUGCGGGUGGCCGUGCUGACGGCCGUCACCCUCACCGUCCCCAUCGUCCUCUUCCCGGUGCGCCGGGCCAUCCAGCAGAUGCUGUUCCAAGGGAAGGACUUUAGCUGGAUCCGCCACGUUACCAUCGCUGUGGUCCUGCUGACCUUCAUCAACCUCUUGGUCAUCUUCGCCCCCUCCAUCCUUGGCAUCUUCGGCAUGAUCGGGCUGAGCCCCAAAAUUGAUGCUGGUGACCCCGAGUGA